AUGGUCAAAGUCCUCAUCUCCCUCAGCGUGUUGGCCGCUGCCGCUACGGCUGGCUCCGUCACGGAACUCCCCGAGUCUGUGACCAAGCUCAUCGACUACUCCAUCAACCCCUGCGACGACUUUUACCAAUAUGCGUGUGGAACAUGGCACAGAGAUACUGAGAUCCCCCGGGGCAGACAUAAAAUCGAUACGUUGUUCUACGCGAUCAAGAACCAAAACGACGCCGUCUUGACGAAGAUUUUCUCUGACAACACGACUAAGCUUGGUGAGUUUUACAACUCCUGUUUGGACACGGCUAAGCUAUCGUCGCUUGGUCUGACUCCCCUGGAGGACUCGUUCAAAGCCAUUCGGUCGGCCAACACCACGUUGGACCUCCUCGUCGUGGCUGGUGAAUUGGUCAAGAACGGCAUCCCUGCCUUCGUGGAUAUCAGCUCCAGCAUUGACGACAACGAUACGACCAAGAACGCCCUCUUCGGUUUCCGAGCCCCCCUGCCGCUGGAUCAAUCAUACUACACCACCAGAUCCAAGUGGGAGGCCGUCGAAGCCGACUACAAGGUGUACAUUGCGUCGGUGUUGCAGCUAGCUGGCUACACUGCUGAGAAAGCAGCGGCUGCCGUGCUGGUGAUCAUCCGUUUCGAGCAAACUCUGGCCGGUAUCGUUGAGUUGGUGGGGGCCGCUGGGUCUCCGUAUACUGCGUUGACGUACAGCCAACUGGACCACAAGUACCCGCUGCUUGUCGGCUCGUGGCUUAAGGCCAACGGCUACGACGUCCGCGACCAGUGGAGUAGUUCGAAUGACUGGGUGGGGUUUUACGACCUGACCUACUUUGACAAGGCCGAAGUGUUGCUGAAGAACACGAGCCUCGACAACCUCCGCACCAUCGUGGAGUACAAGCUCAUCCACGCCACGUCGAACCACCUGACCCCUGAAUUUCGCUCGACGAACUGGAACUUCUUCGGCAAGAAAAUCGAAGGCAAAAGCGAGGAACCUACUCGUGAAAAGUACUGCAAGUCUGAGACGGGCAAGACCGUGGGGGAUCUCUUGGGCCAGUACUUCUUAGACGUGGUAUGGUCGGCUGAUACAGCCAAGAAGGCCGACGACCUGGUCAAGGCCUUGAGGUCGUCCUUCUCCACUGGCAUUGCCACCGCCGACUGGUUGGACAACUCGACCCGUGCCAAUGCGCAAACGAAGCUGUCCAAGCUUGUACACUUGUUGGGUGGCCCGGAGAAGCCACAGCUGUACCCCACGCUGACAUUCGACUCGAAGUCGUAUUUGAACAACCGGUGGAAGGUGUCUCAGGUGAACAUCGACACUAACUUGAAGCUGAAGGGUCAACCUGUGGACAGGCGCAAUUUCGGCGUGCUCCCCCAUGAGGCGAACGCGUACUACGGCCCCCACGAGAACCUAAUUGUGCUCCCGGCCGGUAUUUUGCAAAAACCAUUCUUUGACGCCCAGUUUGACGCCGCCCAAAACUUUGGUUCCGUCGGGAUGUUCAUCGGACACGAAAUUACCCACGGGUUCGACGACUUUGGCCGCGAUUUCGAUGGCGACGGAAACUUGAACCCGUGGUGGUCGAACGCCACCAACGCUGCGUUCAAGACGAAAGCCCAGUGCAUUAGCGACCAGUACGCCAACUUAGUCGUCAAGAGCGAAUUCACUGGCGCUGUGUUGGGCAACGUCAGCAACGAGUUAUCUUUGGGCGAAAACAUUGCGGACAACGGAGGGCUCAAAACCAGUUUCCGCGCGUACCACGAAUACUUGAGGGAGUUCCCGUCGCAGUACACCGAAGAAGCAGGCGACAAAUUGUUCUACUUGUCAUACGCCCAAGCCUGGUGCUCCAAGAGCACAGAUAUCUACCUCCGCGCGAUUUUGAAGACGAAGUACCCGCCCUUUCGGUACCGCGUGACAGGGGCAUUGCAAAACAACGCUGAGUUUGCUCGUGUGUUCCAGUGCCCGACCGACUCGUAUUUGAACCCAUCCAAGAAGUGCUUGUUGUGGGAAUAG